CUGGCCACAUGUGUCAAAGUGGGCCGAAGAGAGACCUCUGAGGGGCUUUGGAAAGGCCCAGGCUAGCUUAGGCUUCCAGACCAGUCUACUAUCUCACUUCCUGGAGAGAAGACACCACCAUCUGGAUACUGCACUUGGGCCUGGCAUGGCAGCCUCUAUCUCUGCUGAGGGAUUCCCUGUGUGGAAACUGGCUGUCCCCUUCAUCCUGAAGCCUAUCAAACCCCUAGCAGGCCCAGUGUGCAGGAGCUGGACAGGCUGCAGAUGAAAUCACAGCUGGAAGGGGCUGGGCUGGGGCUGCCACUCCAGGGUGGGGCCCAGGGUCACAACCCUGGGAACAGGCAGCCAAGAAGGGAGGAUGCCUUCAGUGAGGGAGCAGAGGGAAACACACAUACAGCAGCAUAGAGAGGGAGGGACGGAUGCAAACUCCUGCUGAAGCCAGCCACGUUGCAGGCAGCUUGAAGACAGAGGCUCGGCUCUGCUUGGAGACCUUUCCUGGCAUCUCCUCAGAGCCCUAUCACAGGUGGUGCUCAGACAUGGACUGGCGCAGGAGGCAGGGCCUGGGGCACCGAGGGGCCCAGAGAACUGGGGGAGCGUGGACUAAGUCAGGCUCCAGUAUAUAAAUCAGGCAAAUUCCCCAUUUGAGCAUGAACUUCUGAAAACGGCCUGCAUCUAAGGUCUCCUCCAAGGCCCUCUGGAGUCCAGCCCAUAAUGAAGGUCUUGGCCGCAGGGAUUGUGCCCUUACUGCUGGUUCUGCACUGGAAACACGGGGCAGGGAGCCCCCUCCCCAUCACCCCUGUAAAUGCCACCUGUGCCACACGCCACCCAUGCCAUGGCAACCUCAUGAACCAGAUCAAAAGUCAGCUGGCACAGCUCAAUGGCAGCGCCAAUGCUCUCUUCAUUUCCUAUUACACAUCUCAAGGGGAGCCGUUUCCCAACAACGUGGACAAGCUAUGUGCGCCCAACAUGACAGACUUCCCAUCUUUCCAUGCCAAUGGGACAGAGAAGACCAAGUUGGUGGAGCUGUAUCGGAUGGUCGCAUUCCUAGGUGCUUCCCUGACCAAUAUCACCCGGGAUCAGAAGAUCCUGAAUCCCACUGCUGUGAGCCUUCGGGCCAAGCUUAAUGCCACCGUCGACGUCAUGAGGGGGCUCCUCAGCAAUGUGCAUUGCCGUCUGUGCAACAAGUACCACGUGGGCCACGUGGAUGUGCCACCUAUCCCGGACCACUCUGGCAAAGAUGCCUUCCUAAGGAAAAAGUUGGGUUGCCAGUUCGUGGGGACAUACAAGCAAGUCAUAAGCAUGGUGGUCCAGACCUUCUAGACAGGAGGUCUGGGGUAUCCCAGGGACUGAGGGAUCUCAGUAGCAGGAUCCAGAUGCGGGGAGGGGGGCUCAAAGUGCGUUGUUAAAUGCAAAACGGGGCUGCUGGCAGACCCCAGGGAUUUCCAGACACUCACUGCACUCUGGGCUGAGCCAUGAUGGAGUCUGGUAAAGUUGAAACUUCCAUAGGCAAAGCUUCCAUACAGCCCAGCACCAGCUAGAAAUGGCAGUAAGGGUGUUGGACUGAGAGACUUCUGUCUCACUCACUCACUCACUCACUCACUCACUCACUCCACUCACUGGUCCCCUUGCUCACUAGGUGUGUGAACAAGCUGCACAAGUUGUCUACAGCAGACAGCAAAGGGCUGGAAGUCUCCUAGCCCCCUACAGAGUCACCACCAUCUGGUCCUUUGCUGUCCCUCAGAGAGACUUUGAAAGGUGUGGUUGGGAUGUGAGGGGGCCAAGGGCCAGACUGGGAUCCAGAAGGACUCCUUCUUCUUCUUUCUUCCUCUUCUUCCUCUUCCUCUUCUUCCUCUUCUUCUUCUUCCUCUUCUUCUUCUUCUUCUUCUUCUUCUUCUUCUUCUUCUUCUUCUUCUUCUUCUUCUUCUUCUUCUUCUUCUUCUUCUUCUUCUUCUUCUUCUUCUUUUUUAAGUUUUGUGGGUAGAAGGGUACCCUGGGAUGGAAUAUCUCUUUUCUUGACUUGGAUUAGAGACUUCAGGCUUAGGGACUGUCAGAUGGAAGAUUCUAGAAGGUCACUAGUGUUCAGGCUUUUAUGGAAGCGCAGAGGCCAUAUCCAGGUUGUCUUCUUUGCAGUUCCCCCCACAGCCUGGCAUGGUUGGGGUCUGCCCGCUGGAGGUGAGAUGUGUGCAGGCAGGAAGAGGCAGGUUGCAAAAGCAGGUGAGGUGGUUCAGCAGCUUCCCAGAGUCCUCCCAGGGAAGGAUCCCUAACUGUCUAGGAGCCAGGGAGGGAGCAAGGCAGCCAUUGUUGGGGCAGUAGCAGAUUUCAUCUGCUUCUCAACCACUGAGAACAGGUGAUCUUGAGCAGACAGAGAGGUAGCAUAAAGUAGAAUGUCAUGUCUGAGGCCCUGGAGGGUCACAAAGGUACUUGAAGGGGGACCAGAGGGCUGUCUUGGGUCCCUGGAGCAUGGAGAAGCAGAACUUGAGGUCAGGGUCUCAGGGAAGAUGAGACCCAGAGUUCUGUGUUUGAUCCAGCGCAGCUGUCUAUUUAUUACUAUAUCCUAUUUAUGUUAACUUAUUGGUGCUUUAAAUGGCAAAGUUAAUUCCCCGAAAUAGUAUGGGGCUCCUUACAUGGGAGCUGGGGCCAAGACUUACCACCUAGUGGGGCCUGGUCUGGAGGCAGAUGAUUGUUACAGGUACAGCUCAUGGGUCAAAUCAGAGAGCUGGCUAGCUCCCCUGUCUCCCACUGUGACUCACUUUUAGGGUGUAAGGUCCCCUAGAAAGAGCUGGGACAGUUUGUCUGUCUGUCUCUGUCUCUUUAUCUCC